GAAAAUAGAUACUACUAAUCUUGGUAGAAUAAAAAUCACUUCAGCAGGUGAUAUGUUUAUUGAGGAGCAAGUUACAAAUCGGUUGUUAAAUGAGGGAAACGAGAGGUUAUGGGAUAAGCAAAUGUCGGAAAACGAGAUGAUAGCACAAGGAUUCGUAUUCCUUGUGGCCACCUAUGGGGGAACGGCAUUAACUCUAGCGUUUAGUAUCUACGAAAUGGCUGUUAAUGAAGAUAUUCAGCACCGACUAUACGAUGAGUUAACAGAAGCUAUCGAUUCGGAAACGGGAGAAAUCCCUGACGACGAGUUGGCACGACUACCCUAUUUAGAUGCAGUCGUAUCGGAAACUUUACGGCGCUAUACAGCUCCGGUGCCUUUAGCGAGGUAUUGCACACAAGACUGUAAACUAGGUGAUACCGCUGGUCAACAGAUUGAGAUCCCAGUGCACGCUAUACACCAUUCGGAUCUGAAUUAUAAAGAUCCUUUCAUAUAUGACCCUGAUAGAUUUAUGCCCGAUCAAAAACAGUUGAUUAGGCCGUACACGUAUUUGCCGUUUGGGGCGGGACCUCGACAUUGCGUG